AUGGCGUACAACAGAAUGGAUGGAGCAGCGGGCAUCACUCAAGCUCCCAUAGAGCCCGGUCACGAUUUCACGUACGAUUUCACUAUUGGUGCUGACGAGCAGGGCACUUUCUGGUGGCAUGCGCACGAUGGUGCUCAGCGAGCUGAUGGGCUGUACGGUGGCUUUGUUGUUCAUGAGCCUUCCCGGCAGGACGUUGGUCAAGUCCUGGAUGCCGAACAUCUACUUCUACUUGGUGACUGGUACCACCGUUCGGCAGAAGACGCUCUGCAUUAUUCCAUGCACCCUGGCGCGUUUGGCCUUGAAAGUGUUCCAGACUCCGUUCUCGUGAAUGGCUUUGGUUCCUAUGCAUGCGCUGAUGCAGUGCCUGCCCGCCCUGUAGACUGUAUCGACAGCAAGCACAUCGCGAGCAGUCUCAAUCUGGAUGUCUCCAAGCGCAACGUACUUCGCAUUGUCAAUGUCGGCGUUUAUGCUGGCGUCAGUAUGAGUCUAGUAGGGAGUCUGCUGACACCACUCAGAGUGGACGCAGGUCGUCCGAUCUCGGCGGCUGCCUCGAAAAGUGUUGGUGUGCUGCAUCCCGGCGAGCGCAUGGAUCUUCUGGUCCAACACCAGCAAGAUGAGGCAGACCAGCUACGGAGUUUGAUCGUCGCUUUGGACGACACCCGUUUAAAACCAAAUUCCAGGCAUGAAAGUGCGGUAUAUGAGACCUUCGAUAUUCAAAACGUCGAACCUGCCCAUAACCAAGCUAGCUCACUGCCUGCACAGGCCGACCACACAAUUGUCCUGUACACCUUGACGCAAAAAUUGGCCCACCUUGACAACGAACCGCGAGGAUUCAUCAACCACUCAACAUGGGCAAGACCGUCACUGCCAUUAGUCGACCUGCCCAGAUCACAAUGGGAGAAGACACUUUUCGUGUCACAAAUCAAGUACAACUCCGCAUCUCCACUCUGUGUUGACAUCGUGCUGAACAAUCUGGACGAGGACUGGCACCCGUUUCACUUGCACGGCCACGACUUCUGGGUACUGUCGACCUACUCUUCGAAUCUCAACUGGGGGUCUUACAACCCAUACGAAGACGCAACUCCGCCCGGCGGGCAGUAUGUGCUUGCCAGUGCGGUGAAGAAGGACACCUUCGAUGUACCACGCCGUGGCUAUGCUGUGCAUGGCUGGUAA